AUGCCUGUGCACCACAAGAAGAAGCUAAUGCCCAAAUCGGCAUUGCUGAUUAGAAAAUACCAGAAGGGGAUCAGAGCAUCUUUCAUCGGGCUCAUUGUAGUGUUGUCCGUAUUAUUUUUCAUGAGUGGCUCAAAGUCCUCAGAAGUAACACUAGCUCAAAGUCCCAGUGUCAGUCAUGUAGCCCGUAAGGAUUACUUGAUGCCGUUUACUGACAAGUCACAGGGCGUAAUCCAUCCUGUGGACGAUGGCAAGAAAGAAAAGGCUGUUAUGGUCACAUUGGCCAGAAAUUCUGAUUUAUGGAACUUAGUAAAAUCCAUUAGACACGUUGAAGACAGAUUUAAUAAUAGAUACCAUUACGAUUGGGUGUUUUUGAAUGACGAACCCUUUAGCGAUGAAUUUAAACGUGUUACCAGUGCAUUGGUUUCAGGAAAGACAAAGUAUGGCACAAUCCCGAAGGACCACUGGUCCAUUCCAUCUUGGAUCAAUACUAAGAAAUUUGAUGAGAAAAGACUUGAAAUGGGCAAAUUGGAUAUUCCGUAUGGUGCUUCUGUGCCUUACCGUCACAUGUGCCGUUUCCAGUCAGGGUUUAUAUGGAGACACCAAUUACUGGAAGAGUACGAAUGGUUUUGGAGAGUGGAUACCGAUAUCACUCUAUUCUGUGAUAUUCAGUAUGACAUAUUCAAGUUUUUAAAAGUAAAUAACAAAAAGUACGGAUUCAUUCUUUCCGUAAGUGAGUAUGAACGUACAAUUCCAACCUUGUGGGAAACGACAAAGAAGUUUGUGAAAAAAAAUCCUAAAUUCUUAAACAAGAAUAACCUCAUGAAGUUUAUUUCUAAUGACGAUGGUGAGACAUACAAUAUGUGUCAUUUCUGGACGAACUUCGAAAUCGGAUCUUUAGACUUCUUCAGAUCCGAUGCAUACAAAGAAUACUUUGAUUACUUAGACAAGUCUGGUGGAUUCUUCUACGAAAGAUGGGGUGAUGCGCCAGUGCACUCCAUCGCUGCUUCUUUGUUUUUGGACAAGUCAGAAAUCCAUUUCUUUGAUGGUCUUGGAUUUCACCAUCCAGAUUUCACAUCUUGUCCCAUUGAACAGGAUAUUAGACUACAAAACAAGUGUACCUGCGAGCCUGGCAAGGACGUCACCUGGUCUCCCAGCUACUUCUGCACUAGAAAGUACUUUUCGGCGGGAAACUACAAGCUCCCACCUGGAAUUUGA